AUGUCGGACCUCAGCAAGAUGGAAAGCCGCAAGAUGUCUUACCGCGUAGACGGUGAGUUCUUCAUCAUCACGUUCACGGACCCUCAAACGCUCAAUUCGCUCUCUGGAACAGAUUUCCUGUACCUGGCACGGCUUUUGGAAAUCGCAGAAACGUGUGAGUCGGUGAGUUUUACCGUAUUGCAGAGCACAGGUCGGUUUUUCUCAGCAGGUGCAGACAUCUCGCAUAUCAGUAAAGUUCAAAAAGCUGCGCAGCAGGAUCCCACAGGAAUGCUUGGGAAAUGGCUUGCCGAGUUUGCCAGUCGCAAUGUGUUCGUGACGCACACGUUUGCGUCGCAUUCCAAAAUCCUGGUGUGCUGUCUAAACGGGCCAGCCGUGGGGCUUACUGCAGCACUCGUGAUGUUGUGCGACAUUGUAUACAGCAUGAACGACAAGGUUUACUUGAUGUUCCCGUUCGCGAACCUGGCCCUGGUGACGGAGGGCGCCCUUUCCGUGACGCUGCCCAUGAAACUCGGGUACAACGUGGCCCACGAAAUUCUCAUGUUUGCCAAGCCUGUCACCUAUCACCAGCUCAUCGACAAAGUGAUUGUGCGCAACUACAUGCUUUCCGACACGGAAACUUUCAACUCUCAGGUGCUGAGCGAUCUUCAAGAAAAAACAUCGGGUCUCCACCACGACAGUAUUAUUAACAUGAAGGAGCUUCUUAAAAGACCCAUUCUUUCAGAGCUCAAGCGUGCCAACAUCGAUGAGGUUGCCGAUGCCAUGAAAUACUGGGUUCAAAGUCUCCCCCAGCAGCGCUUCCAGGAAAUAGGCAUGAAAAAGCGCAAGCACAAAUUUUAA